AACAUGGAUGACGCCAAAACAUGGCCAGAAGUGGCAAAAGCAGCCGCAGAAAAGAGACGAGAACUAGUUUUACAAGGUCCUGCGGCUGACACCAAGAUUUCCUCACACGGGGGUCUCCAUUCUUCUAUUUACACCCUCACGCUGCUUAAUUACUUCGAGGUUAGCCAGUGCCCGAGUUUGACGGAGAUCCACGAGGACAUCCAGCAUCUCAAAAACCUGCAAAGUCUCAUUCUGUGCAGGAAUAAACUCGUGCGUAUCCCGGAUACAUUCAGCAGUCUCAAGUCACUUAAAGUUCUGGACCUGUCCUCCAACAAUCUGGAUUUUUUAUCAGAGAGCAUCACGCAGCUAAGCGAGCUCACCACAUUGAACGUGAGCUGCAACCGCUUGGAGGUUCUACCAAACGGGCUGAACAACUGCGUCAAGCUUUCUACCAUUAAUAUGUCGAAGAACCGCAUCACCGGUUUCCCCAGCGAUUUAUACUCGGAGCGUUUGGAUCUUCUCAGCAACCUGGUGGCCUCGGAUAACGCCAUUGUGGAGCUCAGCAGAGAUGUUCACAAGUUGGCAGGGUUGAAGGCGCUGGACCUCUCCAACAACCAUCUGAGUGAAAUCCCGUCCAGUCUGAGCGAUUGCCCGAAGUUAAAGGAGAUCAACUUCCGAGGCAACAAGCUGAAUGACAAGCGGCUGGAGAAAAUGGUGAACGGCUGCCAGACCAAGUCCAUCCUCGAUUACCUCCGAGGGAAAGCAAGAGAGGGAGAGGAGAAGGGCGAUGCGGGGCGGAGCGGAAACGACAAGAGGAAGAGACAACAGCAAAAAAAGAAGAGGGAGGAAGAAGACAGCCAGUUGGAAGACGUCAACAAGAUGGUGCUGAGGGUUCUUCACGUUUCUGAGGCUCGUGAGAUUCUCACGGUCAGAGUGAGCGCCGAGGUCAAGGAUGUAAGGCCUUAUUUGGUGUGCUGCGUGGUCAGAGGGAUGAAUCUGAAACCUGGAAACUCUCUCAAACGCUUCCUGAUGGCGCAGACAAAACUUCAUGAGGACAUAUGCGGGAAGCGGACCAUCGCAACUAUCGCCACUCAUGACGUACAGCGUCUCAAAGGUCCGCUGGUGUACGAUGCCGUACCUCCCACGCAGCUCAAAAUCGCCCCGCUAGGUCGGAAGGAGAUGACCGCUGUCGAACUGAUGCGACAUCUUCAGCUGGAGGCGGACGAUCUAAGGAAGCAGAAGAAGAGGCAGAAUGUGACCGGUCUCCACAAAUACCUGCAGCUCCUGAAAGGAAAAGCAUUAUAUCCCUGUCUUGUGGACGCAGAGGGGCACGUGAUCUCUUUCCCGCCUAUCACAAACAGCGAGAAAACCAAGAUUAAGAAAACCACCAAGGAGUUGUUCUUGGAGGUGACAAGUGCCAACAGCCUGCAGACCUGUAAAGACGUCAUGGACACCUUGAUUGAAAAAAUGGCAGAGUUGAACAAGUUCACAGCUGCGCAAGGAGAAGACGACGGUUCAGAUGAAGAAGGAGACGCGACACCAGAUCAGACGGGAAGUGCGGACACCAGCAGCGAAUUGAUCGUCCAACAGGUCCGAACGGUGGACCAGGAUGGUAACCUUAAAGUGGUCUACCCGUCCAAGACGGACCUCUCCGGAGACAUCUCCAACUUGACAGUCAUUUGGUAG